AUGACAGAAAUCGUCAGCUGCGUACUCGGUGAAGAUGCAGCGAAGAAAAUUACAGCAGUUCAGUGUUCUAAUAACGUCAUAUCUGAUCGAAUUCAUAAGAUUUCAGACCACAUUCAAGAUGAAUUAAUUUGUAGAUUGAAGAACAGCAAGAUGUUUGCAAUACAAUUAGACGAAAGUACAGAUGUCGCCGGGCUAUCAAUAUUGCUUGUUUUUGUGAGAUACCCCUUCAAAGGAUCUAUUGAAGAGGAUUUGUUUCUCUGCGCACCUUUAGAAACUAACACAACUGGAGAAGAAAUUUUUAAAGUUAUUGAUAGUCACAUGAGUAAGCACCAUAUUGAGUGGAACAAAUGCAUUGACGUGUGCAGUGACGGAGCAGCAGCUAUGAUCGGCAAAAUAAAAGGCACUGUAACAAGAAUCAAGAGUGUUGCACCUAAAUGUAGUAGCAGUCACUGCGUUUUACAUCGUCAUGCUCUUGUCACGAUGAAAAUAUCAUACGAGCUUAAGACAGUUCUCGAUCAAGCUGUACAAAUUGUGAAUUACGUCAAAUCACGUCCACUCCAGUCAAGGCUUUUUAAAAAAGUGUGCGAAGAUAUAGGAAGUCAGCAUCAAUCACUUUUUCUUCACACACAAGUGAGAUGGCUCUCAAGAGGAAGAGUUUUAUUGAGGCUAUUUGAAUUGCGCAACGAGCUUAAGAUAUUUUUCACCAAACAACCCGGUUCUGCAUCUACUGACGCGUUUGUUGAUUUAUUGCAUGAUGAGGUAUGGUUAAUAAAAUUGGCUUACUUGGCCGAUAUAUUCGAUAAACUUAACGUAAUCUGCAAAGCCCUACAGGGAAAAACCACGAAUAUAUUUACAGUAAAUGACAAAAUUUCUUCACUUGAAAACAAAAUUGACUUCUGGAUUGAAUGUGUUGAUCAACAUAAUUACGAAUGUUUUAUUAUUUUAAAUGACUUUCUGAAAGAAAAUGAGUUGCAAGUAACUUCAGAUGUGGAAAAAAAUAUACAUGAGCAUUUAAUAAGCCUAAAAAAAUCCUUGAAAGAGUAUUUUCCGGAGAAGUUACAGGACAUGAACUGGUUGCAGAAUCCAUUCGCAGAUCAUACCAAACCAUCAAUGCUUACUGUGUCAGAGUAUGAGAAUUUAAUUGAUAUUAAAUGUUCAUCUUCUCUUAAACAAAAAUUUGGAGCUGAAAAUUUUGAUCUAAAUAAUUUUUGGAUUGGACUUCAAGAUGAAUAUCCUACAAUUGUUGAGAAAGCUAUUACAAUUCUGCUUCCGUUUGUGACGACUUACCGAUGCGAGACUGGUUUUUCAGCUUACGCUUACACCAAAAACAAGUACAGAAAUAGACUUGAUGCAGCUCCAGAUCUUCGCAUUCAAUUAUCAGAUAUAAAGCCUAAUUUUAGUGAUAUUUUAAGAAAAUAUGUGAAAAAAUUUCAUUCUUCUCAUUAA